CUCGUUCAGUUUUUAUCUACGACAGGAGAGAACUCCAAGAAAAGAAGAUCCUACAGAAGAGGCAAAGGCGGAAACUGUGGAAGAAGCAUCUUUAUAGCUUUAUUGAUCUUCAUUGCCGGUCUAUCUGGUAAAGCCCAAUCGUUUUUCUGGUCAUUCACUUCCUUCAACAUAGAAACCCUAGGUGUUGUAUCAAAGUUCCCUAUAUCAUUGUGAUUUUCUGUUCUCGGCGGAAUAUUUUUGUCAUUCGGUGGUGGAGAUUGCUUGGCAGAGAGUCGCAUGGAAAUCAACUGAAUCAUUUUCUGCAAUCUCUUCUAUUUGUUGGUGUGAAUAUAUUUGGUCAAGAUUUAAAUGAUCUUUUAGAGCAUCACGAUAAUUGGCUCACUUAUCGUUUGGUUGCUGAAAAACCGGGGAAAAAGAUACGGAAAUGCUUAAUUGACGUUUGGAGGAAGAGGACACUAUAUUUUUGGAGCUCAGAAACAAUUUCUUGCUAUCCUCUAUACUUUUCGGAAGCGUUUGUUGCUUGAUGCCCUGAGAUUUUAUUAACUUGGACAAUAACAUAUUGAACCCCACGGAAUAUUUGGUUGGCUAAUGGCGUCGUAGAAGUACUGUUUCUUUGACGUCCCACAGUUUCAGGGGCCAUGCCUCGUAAAGUGAGUUAUGGAGUUGAUUAUGAUGAAGAAUAUGAUGACUAUGAAGAUUACGAUGUUGAUUAUGAUUUAGAUGUAGAAGAUAAUGGCAACGUACCUCAGUCGAAGCAAGAAACUAUUAAGCGUGGGAUUUGGCGUUGCUCCAUCUGCACGUAUGAUAAUGAUGAGAGUUUGUCUGUAUGUGAUAUUUGUGGGGUUCUUCGUAAUCCUUUGAUCAAUUAUGGCCCCGGCAGUGAUAAGAAAACAGCUCGUUUCAAGUUCGAUGCUCCCUCCCCAGAUGAUUUGGUUUUUGAUGGACUGCGUUCCUCCAAAAAGGUUUCAAAAGCCAACUCUACCGACUUGAAAUCUUCAAGAGUUUCCUCAAGCAUAGAUCAGAAUAUUGGUGUAGUUGGCAUAAAAUCAAGUGCUGACAGGGCAGAUAUCUCAUCUUCAUCGAUGCCAAAAGGCAGACACCAUAGCGAGGAUGGGAGCAAUUAUUCAAAGAAUGGUACAGGCAACAUGCCAUCGAGUGAUAAAAGCUCUGUUAGCCCAGCUGCAUUGACUAUAAAAGGCAGACCUGAUGCAAUAGAUGAGAGCAGUAGUUCUUCAAUGAGUAGGGGCAACCCACGAAGUCUUACCAAUAAUUUGAACAAAAUGGCUUUAGAUGCUGGAUCUGGAUUGUCAAAAAAUGGUAAUGCCAGAGUGAUUCGUUCAAAUACAGAAUAUAAACCUGAAAAUUGGAUGCUCCCUGGCCAAGCUGAAGAUACAUUGAAUCAACUGAAUCUUGCAAUUGUUGGUCAUGUUGAUUCUGGAAAAUCAACACUCUCUGGUAGACUACUACACCUUUUAGGGCGAAUAUCACAAAAAGAGAUGCACAAAAAUGAAAAGGAGGCUAAGUUACAGGGCAAGGGCUCCUUUGCUUAUGCUUGGGCUUUGGAUGAGAGCACUGAAGAAAGGGAAAGGGGAAUAACUAUGACAGUGGCUGUUGCAUAUUUUGAUUCCAAAAAGUAUCAUGUUGUUGUGCUUGACUCACCAGGCCAUAAGGAUUUUGUACCAAACAUGAUAUCUGGGGCAGCACAAGCGGAUGCUGCAGUUCUUGUCAUAGAUGCCUCAGUUGGUUCAUUUGAGGUUGGCAUGGACAGUGCUAAGGGUCAAACACGGGAGCAUGCACAACUUAUCAGAAGUUUUGGUGUUGAUCAAAUUAUAGUUGCAGUUAACAAAAUGGAUGCUGUUGAUUACUCUAAGGAACGUUUCGAUUUGAUUAAACAGCGACUUGGAACAUUUCUCCGUUCUUGUGGUUUUAGAGAUUCUUCUAUAAUAUUGGUCCCGUUGAGUGCCAUGGAAAAUCAAAAUUUGGUGGCAGCUCCUUCUGAUGUUCGUCUGCUGUCCUGGUAUCAUGGACCUUAUCUGCUGGAUGCAAUUGAUUCCCUCCAACCUCCUAUGAGAGAUUUCUCAAAGCCUGUACUUAUGCCCAUAUGUGAUGUUCUUAAAUUGUCUUCACUAGGGCAGGUGUCUGCCUGUGGUAAACUAGAAGCUGGAGCUCUCCGAAGUGGAUCCAAGGUUCUAGUUAUGCCAUCAGGAAAUGUAGGGAUAGUGCGUUCCUUAGAACGGGAUUCUCAGGCUUGUUCCUUUGCAAGAGCUGGUGACAACGUGGCUGUUAGUCUGCAAGGCAUUGAUGGGAGCCUUGUGACGGCAGGGGGCGUGCUAUGUCACCCUGAUUUUCCAGUUGCCGUUGCAAAACAUUUGGAAUUGAAAGUCCUUGUUUUGGAUGUUACCACCCCAAUUUUAAUUGGCUCCCAGUUGGAAUUUCACGUGCACCAUGCAAAGGAAGCUGCAAGAGUGGUCAGAAUGUUGUCUUUACUUGAUCCAAAGACUGGCAAGGUGACAAAGAAGGCACCUCGCUGUCUUACCGCCAAGCAGACUGCUGUUGUUGAGGUGGCUUUGCAAGGGCCCGUGUGCGUAGAAGAGUUUUCAAGUUGUAGAGCUCUUGGUAGAGUGUUUCUAAGAGCAUUAGGAAGAACAAUUGCUGUCGGGAUCGUAACCCGAAUAAUUGAGGAGCAGGAUUAGUUGAUCGAUAAGUGGCAAUACUAUUUGCAUAAGCUAGUGCAACAUUUUUGUUCAUUCUCUCGUCUCCGUACAGAGGUAAGAACCGUUGAACAGUAAUGCUGGGGGGAAACCUUCGUGACAGGAGCUUAGUGAUGGGCUCAUGAGGUUUCUGUCAAUUUUUAUUUGGGUUUGUCAGAGGAAUGUGCAUUAUACCAGAAAGGUAUAGGUCGAAUUAUAUACCUGUACUUUUGUAAGAUAUUUUAUUGAUUAUUUUAUGCUAUUUAUUUAAAUUCAA